AUGCCGACCGAACUCGCCCGGGUCGUCUCCAAGGCCGUCCGGAAACUCCACGUCGCCGGAACGGCACAAACACUCUUUCUCCUCGACACGGACUGCAUCCAGCGCAAGCUCCACGCGCUCUGCGCCUCACUUGACGUCUUCAGCACGCCGCUGCUCGAGGGACUGUCCUGCACCCGGGAGCACCGGAGCGUCAUGUGGCAUAGUCCCGACGAUGCGAAAACGCUGGGGAGGGGGAGGGUUCCACACAAGUCGUAUGGAAAAAUGAUCAACAGCACAGACGGCGCAACAUUACAAGACCUGCCGGGACAAUCGAAACUUUCGGGAGGGCCGUAG